GGGGGGCUGAACCCGGAAGUGGGUCGCGCCGGAGCGGGCGCGCCGGGAGUGGAGCUCGGCGGCCGCGAGCCAGCGGGGGAGCCCCGGGUUCCCGUCCUUUCUGAGACACUUAUGAAGUUUCUAGUUCUGAACCUGUCGUACUGCAAUGAAGAAAAGGAGAAAGGUGCCUGCAGAUCUUGAUGAGAGGAUUCAUCUGGGCUACCACAAGGAAGUGUGCGCAGGCGAUGUUGCAGUGGAAUGUGACCAAGUAACCUACGGUCACCCCGCAGAGAGGACCAGCCCGGGAGCACUGCACCACGGCUACGAGGAGCUGCCUCCGUCGCCAGAUCAGAGGAAACUUCUGAGUUCCCUGCAGUACAACAAGAACUUGCUCAAGUAUCUGAACGAUGAUCGGCAGAAGCAACCGUCCUUCUGCGACCUGCUGAUCGUCGUGGAGGGGAAGGAGUUCAGCGCGCACAAGGUCGUCGUGGCUGUGGGCAGCAGCUAUUUCCACGCCUGCCUGAGCAAAAACCCGAGCACGGAUGUUGUCACCCUGGAUCACGUAACACACUCGGUUUUCCAACACCUGCUGGAGUUCCUCUACACCUCCGAGUUCUUCGUGUACAAGUAUGAGAUCCCUCUGGUCCUGGAGGCGGCGAAAUUUCUGGACAUCAUCGAUGCCGUGAAGCUGCUCAAUGAUGAGAGCGAGGCCACGUUCGGGUCCGAGCUCAGCGACAAGUCCUCGCCGGAAGAGACCCUGAGCGAGUUAACCGGGCGACUCUCCGAUAAUCAUCAGUGUAAAUUCUGCAGCAGGCAUUUCUGUUACAAGAAGUCCUUAGAGAAUCAUCUGGCGAAAACGCACCGGUCCCUUCGGCUGGGGAAGAAACAUGGGUUAAAGAUGCUGGAGAGAAGUUUCUCUGGGAGAAGGUCCAAAAGGAGUCGCAAGUGCCCCGUGAAGUUUGACGACACCAGCGACGAUGAGCAAGAAAGCGGGGAGGGCUCGGACCCUUUGAACGAGGAGCCCUUCGAGAAAGACAAGUCCGACAGGAACGAUUCGGAGGACCCGGGCAGUGAAUGCAAUGCCGAGGAGGAUGACCUAGACGAGGAAAUGUCAGAUGAGUACUCCGACACCGAAGAGCAGAGUGAGAAAGAGCACGAUGCCGAAGAGGAACCCGAGGCUGGUGACUCAGUGGGAAACAUUCACGAAGGGUUGACGCCCGUGGUCAUUCAGAACAGUAACAAAAAAAUCUUGCAGUGCCCUAAAUGCGAUAAAACAUUUGACCGAAUAGGGAAAUAUGAUAGCCACACACGUGUUCACACAGGUGAGAAGCCCUUUGAGUGUGAUAUUUGUCACCAGCGCUAUUCGACGAAGUCUAACCUUACAGUUCACAGAAAGAAGCACAGUAAUGAGACAGAAUUUCAUAAGAAGGAGCACAAGUGCCCUUAUUGUAAUAAACUCCAUGCAAGCAAGAAGACUUUAGCCAAGCAUGUCAAGAGAUUCCACCCUGAAAAUGCACAAGAAUUUAUUUCCAUUAAGAAGACUAAGAGUGAAAGUUGGAAAUGUGAUAUUUGUAAGAAAUCUUUCACUCGAAGACCACACUUGGAAGAACACAUGAUUCUACAUUCUCAGGAUAAACCUUUUAAGUGUACGUAUUGUGAGGAGCAUUUCAAAUCUCGCUUUGCCCGGUUGAAGCAUCAAGAAAAGUUCCACCUGGGUCCCUUUCCAUGUGAUAUAUGUGGUCGCCAAUUUAAUGACACUGGAAAUUUGAAACGCCAUAUAGAAUGCACCCAUGGUGGAAAGAGAAAAUGGACUUGCUUUAUCUGUGGAAAAUCAGUUCGAGAAAGGACUACUUUGAAAGAACAUUUAAGAAUUCAUAGUGGAGAAAAACCUCAUCUCUGUAGUAUUUGUGGACAGAGUUUUCGUCAUGGAAGCUCAUACAGACUUCAUUUACGAGUACAUCAUGACGAUAAAAGAUACGAGUGUGAUGAAUGUGGGAAGACGUUUAUUCGUCACGACCACCUUACAAAGCACAAAAAAAUACAUUCAGGUGAAAAGGCUCAUCAGUGUGAAGAAUGUGGAAAAUGUUUCGGUCGCAGGGAUCACCUCACUGUGCACUACAAAAGUGUACACCUUGGAGAGAAAGUAUGGCAAAAAUAUAAAACAACAUUUCAUCAAUGUGAUGUUUGUAAGAAAAUUUUUAAAGGAAAAUCAAGUCUAGAAAUGCAUUUUCGAACACAUUCAGGUGAAAAACCAUACAAAUGUCAGAUUUGCAAUCAGUCUUUUAGAAUUAAGAAAACUUUAACCAAACAUCUGGUUAUUCAUUCUGACGCACGGCCUUUCAACUGUCAGCACUGCAACGCCACGUUUAAGCGGAAAGAUAAGCUCAAGUACCACAUUGACCACGUGCACGGCAUCAAGUCUCCUGACGAUCCUCUCAGUGCUUCUGAGGAGAAACUUGUGUCUCUGCCAGUGGAGUACUCCUCUGAUGAUAAAAUCUUCCAAGCAGAAACGAAACAGUAUAUGGACCAGCCCAAAGUUUAUCAGUCGGAGGCCAAGACUAUGUUGCAGAAUGUGUCUGCUGAGGUGUGUGUGCCAGUGACGUUGGUUCCCGUUCAGAUGCCCGACACCCAGGGCGACCUGGUGCGCCACACUACCACCCUCCCACCAUCGUCUCAUGAGAUCCUGUCGCCACAGCCACCAUCAUCUGAUUACCCGCGAGGAGCCGAUCUCGCGUUCCUGGAAAAAUACACUCUUACUCCUCCACUUGCAAAUAUCGUUCAUCCAGUCCGGCCUGAACAGAUGCUGGAUCCUCGAGAACAGUCGUAUCUCGGGACGUUGCUGGGCCUGGAUAACACGACUGCUGUACAAAACAUUUCUAAUACUGAACAUCACUCAUGAAUCAUUCGAAACAUUCCACAGACUUUGGGGGAUGGCUGUGUACUAAUGGUAGCCUUCAGCAGAUGGCUUGGAAUUAGUAAGGCUGCUAUUUUUUUUUUUCAUUUUCUCUUAUUUCUCAAGUCCUCAGAACCAUUUCUAAUCAGGCAAAGUUUGCAUCUCUAUUUACUAAACAUGAGUAUCUGGACACACAUUGAGGCAUAAUAUUUGAAGUGCAUUUUAGUGAUUUUAAAAGAUUAUUUUGGGGCCAUUUUUAGUGGUUUCUCCAGCUUUUGGCAUUAAUGGUUGUUGACAUGAUGGGAGCAUUUUUAAAAUUUUUAAUCAUCCAUAAAAAUUUUUAUUUUUUUGUUAAUCACAUUCUCUUUUUCCCUUCCCCAUUUGCAAACACAUUUAAGGACCAUGUAGCCUUUAAGAAAGAAUAUAAGAGUAUACUGAUAAUUGCAACUACUACUUAUCAUAGCGUAAGAUUCAUCGCUAUUUUUUAAGAUUUUUAAAAUUCAAAUUAGGAACUGAAUUUGUAAGAAUAUCUUGGUUAUAUGUUAUAUUGUUUUUCAUCUGGCCAUAAUUUCUAGUUAUUAUCCUUUGGAUAUUGGACAAACUUAAUGACAGAAAACUAUCUAAUGAAAGAUUAGCUUAUUAAAUAAAAUGAAAAAUGACCCUAAUGAUUGGCUUUUCCCUAUGCCUCCAUUAUGAACAAGGAAUGCAAAUAGAGAUCUAGACAUUUAAUUAUUAUACAAAUUGAAAAUGUGUUGAAAGCAACACAUGAUCAUUUUAGCGUGGUAUCUUUCAAGUUACCUUUUUUUAUUGUGCCAUAUCAGAAAGAACAUAUCAUGGUACAUAUCUUCAUCUUACUAAGGAGGUGCAGUUAUUAUAACUAAUUAGUAACCAAAAAGCUACUCUGGUCUCAUUAAUUUUGGUUAACUGAAACUCUGGGAAACAGAAUCUAAGUCUUCUAUGUAUAUUUUUUAGAAAAGGUGCCAAACAAAUGUAUCUGACUAAAUUUAAUGUUUACUUUAAUCAAAGGGAACCACUACUGGUAUACAGAAUUGUAUGUGAUCUGGUCUUUAUCUUUGCUUUUUCAUAAGCCUAAUGUCUGUAAUUAGCCUUGAUUUUUAUUUUUAUAGUAGGAAAAAGUUGAGGACUUGUUGAAAGAAAAUAGUUAUUGCAUAACCUUGCUGAUAAAUUGAGGGAAAAGUCCAAAUUAUAAAAUAACCUUUAAAGAUGUGCACUUUUCAUAUUUUCAAGUCAAUUUAAACUUAAACUAGGAUAAUACUUCCUAGUAGAGCUGCUUGAAGGAUUAGAAUAGGCAGGGUUGAUUUAUUAUUAGCAUGACAUUUGUAUGUAAACUACUGGAAAAUAGCAAUCUUCAGAGUUUUCUAUUUCAGUUUUGUUUACACUCCUAAUUGCUUUAAGCACUUUUUUUGUGUGUAAACUGUAUAACGUCUGGCCCAGCCCUUGUGAAAAAAAAAUCACAAAUAAAAUAAUGAACUUUUAACUGAUUAAAUUUAGCCACCUAAUAAUGAGGAAACUUGUUUGCUGAAGCACUUAAGAAAGGAAGGUACUUUAAGGAACAUUUACCUUAGGAGUGAAAAUAAAAUAAAAUUAAAUAAAACCAAUAUUGACAAUUGAGGCAUUUAACCAAAGUAUUCAUAUAGGAAAACCAACCUCAGUUUGUUCUCAUUUAUAUAGGGUUGGUCAUAAUUAUCCUCAGUUUGAUAGAUAAUAGUGUAUUGUUUUAAAAGCAUUCUUACUUUGUGUGGAAAUACUAUAUUUGGGGUACUUACAUUAUUGAACUUGACUGUAUGAGGUACUAUUAGCCUGUUACUCUUUCAUACCCAUUAAAAAAGCGUAUCUUUAUAAAGAAGGACAAGAAGUGUCAAUGUGCCCUGCCUUACAUAUAAGUCAGUGUAGAAAAGAUUGGAUUUACAAAAAAGGCAAAUGGUAUAUUUGUUCAUAUGUAUGGUAUAUUGUAUGUUUGAUAGCUGAAAAAGAGGGUGUUGCAUUUUCACAUUGAAAAGAAUGCUUUGCUUUUUGAAGGUAUUUAGGGUUCUUUUAAUCUAAUCAUCUAAAUAUGAUUUGAUUGUAGUAAUUGGUUUACAGUAUAGAACUUUCUGGAAUACAUUUCUUAUAUAUAAAGUGAAAUAUAUUUAGUUAUUGUAGAUGACUUGAAGAGUGGUUUACUGUUUUGUAAAAUGCUUUCGGAUACAUUUUCUCCAGUAAACCUCUUAACUCGCUUUGAACUAGGAAGAAAUUCUUGUGUUCCUAAUUUAGAAAGAAAGAAUUUGAAAUUAAUAUAAAAUUCAGUUUAGCUCAUCAUUAUGCAGCAGAGGAAGAAAGCUAGCAUUAACACAUGCUUACUCAGUGCCAGGAACCGCAUUUUCACUUGUAACCCUAGUCUGACAAGUAGGUAGGACCAUUCUUAUGAAGAAGUAGUCUCAGUGAGCAAACAAAAUAACCUGCUGCCUCGAGCGAGAGUAUUAGAGAUUUUUAAAUUGUGAAAACCUCAUGGAUUUGGGCAAACUGAAUGUAUUUUUUUUUUCUUGGCACAAAGCUAAAUGAGGCCAACUCUUUUAAGUUCAAUUUUCGUAAUAAUUUGUUUUGGACUAUUUUGAAUACAUAUUUUCAUAACUCUAAAGUACAUCAAUUCUGUAGCUGUACUUAAAAAUUUUGACCUUGCAACUAAGUUUAGCCUCAUUCAGAAUUUUUUGAUGACCUUAAUUUAUUGUUUUAAAUUAAUUUUUAGCUGUUAGCAAUUAGUGCAUAAUGUGUAAAUUUAAUAAUUUAUGAAAUGUAGAAAUUUGUUAACAUAAUCGGUUUUUUCUUAAAUGCACCAAAGAUUUCUAGUAGGUUUUAGAGUAGUUUAAAGGAAAUUAAAGUUUUUGUUGUUUGAAUACAUAUUUGUCCAAAGAAGCACAGUCAGUUAAACACGUAGAAUUAUGUGUUGGUGUUUUUUGUUUUUAUUUUUUUUAAGAAAACAAUUGUUAGUUUGAAUACUAAGAUAAAGUGUUUGUGUUUCUCUGUAUAAAAGCAGAAAAUACUCUGGGAAUAGUUGUACUGACACACCAAUUACAAGUAAAAAUACUUAGUUUUUCUCUGUUUAAUUAAUUGAAUGUUAUUUUUUAAGUGGACACUAUCACAUGCUAAAAAGUACGUUUACUUUUUACACUACACUAUUAAAAUAGUUUUGCCUUAGAAUUUUUUAAAAAGAUUUAGUUAUUUUUGGUCAGGAAACCCCACCUGAGUUUUGCAACCUAAAGUAUCACUUAAGGUUAGGAUUUGUUCUUCAUAUCAGAAAGAUUUAACCAAUAACUGUCAAGGUAGUGAAUAUUUGCGUACCUUUACACAACCAUUUAUUGCUGGGAAGAGAGGAGUGAAAAGUUAGGAUUCAUAUCUGGUGCUUUAAUAUGUGAUUUUCUAUUAAGGAAGUUAUGCUAUUGAACAGGUACACUAAUAAUUUUCUGUCACCUUAGCACUGUCAAAACAUUGGCAGAAUGAUAAACCUAUAGUUAAGGGCUACUAAGGAAAUACCUUUUAUUGCUUUUGACUGUUGUUACACAUAAAAUGCAGUUAAAUUGGUAUGUGCAAAAGUUUGCGUUUUCUUCCGAUCGUACCAUUCUCAUAUAAUCAAUGCUGGAAAGUCAGAUUUGGAGCAUUAGCCCUUUGGCUGUGUCCAUUUAUACCCAGUUUCUUCUGGAUUGAAUGCUUUGUGCCUUUUUCAUGUGUUGUAGUUGCUUAAAGUUUAUUCUGCGGGCUAGAUUGUGUUAGUUAAUAAAAAGUUUUGAUUUUGUUGUUGUUAGGGGUCUUGUGUUACCUGCUGGCUGGGGAACACUUUUGUUUUGUUUUGUUUUGUUUUGUUUUGUUUUGAUACUUUGUUUAUGUAGUGAAACGAUUGGCACUAAGUACUAGUACAAAUAAUUGUCACUGUCCUUUAAAAUCUCUUUUGUGGCCUUUAGAGUUAACUGGGAAGCCAUCCUGGUCCUGUCUCUAGGUUGCUCAUUAGAGGAAUCUGACAAAAGAAAACGAGUAGCCUGUCUGCCUCUCUGGCUCCCCUUACCAUCUGCCCACCCUCUGAAAAAGGAAAAAGUUGGUCUUCUGACCACGCAGCACUACAAUGAAUGACUUCUUAUUUCAGUUUGCUGAAAACUGGACAAGAGGUAAUGGUUUGAGAUGCAUUUCUCGUGAGAGCAGCAAUGUGAUGAAUGCAGGAAAACUUAGGACUUUUAAAGUCAUGUUUGGGUUAUCCUAAAAUUCAGUGCCAAAUUUAAAUUUUAUUAUCUAGUAAGGAGCAAGUAGCAUUUCUAAAACUUUAAAAAGUAUUUUGGUAAAUGUUAUUUGCCAUUAGAGUGAAUAAAUGGAGAAUUUUCUACCCAAGUUCUAAGGAACUGUAGGUAAUUCUUCCCUUUAUUUUGCACAUUCCUCUUAAUAAAGUCAAUAAUGGUUUUCUGGUGGGGGGAAACCCCUCUUAUUCUUCAAAUUAUUUCUACUUAAACAUAUUUUUAUCUUAGGUUGUUAGCAUGUCAUUAUGUUCUUCAUGGAAAUCACAUUUAUGAGAUGUAAGUAAUAGAAUUAGAUAUGUGGAAGGUGAGAGAUUUUGAUAGAGUUCCCUAUGUUUUGUUUAAUCUUCGUGUUUCAGCUUGCUGUAUAUUGAUCAUAAGUCUAUGACUAUUUAACAAAAACCCAAAUUAUCUAAAUUUAACCUCUGCAGCUAUUUAUUCUUUGCAGAUAAGAAAUAUAUUCAGAAAACUGGUUAUCAUGAAGAUGGGAGGUCUCCUUUCUUUCAGAUUCUUAGGUCCAGCGGUAAUAUCAGUGCUUGCAUUAUUGUGGGAAUUUCUGAAACAGUUCUUGAAUAAUGAGCAUGUAUGCAUUUCAUAGUUCCUUCACCUCUUUGCUUGAUAUUCCUGCUUGUAUUAAGGUUGGACAGUAUAUGGUGAAACUACAAAAAUCGUGUUCCAACAAUUGAACUCAUCCCUCUAGCUGAAGCUGUUACAGUUGAUGAGUAUGACUGCCAAAAAAUAGUAUAGGGGUGGGCAUUUAGCUGCUCUACGUCAUAUAGUAAAUGUUCCGGUUAAGGGGAUUUAUGAUAUAAAUUAAAGUGGAAAUGCUUUUGAACUGAGUUUUUUACUCGAAAAUUAUUUGUUUUGUUGUGUUUUUUUCUUUUUUAAAUCACUACGGAUACUUAAAGGCAAUUACAAAGGAAAAAAAUCUCAACUUUCAAUUCAUUAUUUUGUCAACUGUAUGUGAAAUAUCUUCUGAGUUUUACAUAUAUUUUGACUGUCUUGUGUUUAAGUACAAAUGUCUAGAAAAAAUUCAGUUCUCUGUGAAGAAUAGGAAGUGUAUAUUGAACUAGUUCUUUGUGUUAUUUUGAUAUUUAAAAUAAACAUGAUUCUUUGGUCCUAAUAAAGUAUAUGUAGAUUUUGUUGAACA